AUGUCUUUUUUCAACAAGAUCAUUGACCGAGCCAAGCACGGUAAUCACAACUCAUUCAAGGAGGAGAAGUUGCCUCAGCAACAGCAACAACAUUUGCAGCAGCAACCACAGCAACAGCCAGAGCUAUCCAAAGGCGAUAGUAAUAGGCCAUUCUUUGGUAUCCACACACCACAUUCCUCAACCUCCUCCUCCCAUGCAACCAACUCAAUGCAAGAGCAACCCCAAUCCCAAUUACCAAAAGUCCAAGAAGAGGCUGGGUCUAAUAAUAACCAUUAUGCAACUGGCUAUGUGACACCGAGACAAUCACAAGAUUUACAUCAAAACAUGGAUAUUGAUACACCUGAGCAAAUGAACCAACAGCAGCCACAACCACAACCACAGCAGCAGCAGCAGCACUCGGAACAAUCGCAAGAAGGUCGCGCUGCAUUAAAACAAAAGUACCAGCAUUACGACAGCGCUAUCAUGGAUCAACGCAAAAACAGGCCCAAGCUUAAACUGGAUGAUUUCCAUCUGCUACGUACAUUGGGCACUGGCUCCUUUGGUCGAGUUCAUUUGGCACAAUCAAGACACAAUGGGCGAUAUUACGCCAUCAAGGUCUUGAAAAAGACAGAAGUGGUUCGGUUGAAGCAGGUUGAGCACACCAACAAUGAAAAGCACAUAUUGGAAGCUGUGGCUAAUCCCUUCUUGGUGAAUUUGUGGGGCACUUUUCAAGAUGAUGCUAAUCUCUACAUGGUGAUGGAUUAUGUACCAGGUGGUGAAUUGUUCAGCGUACUCCGAAAAAGCAAGCGUUUCCCUGAUCAUGUCGCUAAAUUUUACGCUGCUGAAGUGGCACUGGCCAUUGAAUAUCUCCAUAAAAAGGAUGUGGUUUAUCGUGAUCUGAAGCCUGAAAAUCUACUACUGGAUGCCAAUGGUCAUAUCAAAAUCACAGAUUUUGGCUUUGCCAAAUACGUGCCCGACAUUACAUGGACUCUCUGCGGCACACCCGACUAUCUCGCCCCAGAAGUGAUUCAAUCAAAGGGUUACGGUAAAGCAGUCGAUUGGUGGAGUUUGGGUAUCUUGAUUUUUGAAAUGUUGGCAGGCUAUCCACCAUUUUAUGACGACGAUCAUUUGAAGCUUUACGAAAAGAUUUUGCAGGGCAAGAUUCGUUGGCCAUCCUAUUUUGAUCCCAAUGCAAAGGAUUUGCUAAAGCACCUGCUCACAUCAGAUUUAUCCCGUCGAUACGGUAAUCUAAAGAACGGUGCUGAUGAUAUUAAGAAUCAUCCCUGGUUCCAAGGCGUCGAUUUUGAUCGCGUUGCGAAUAGACAAAUCAGAGCACCCUAUAUCCCACAAAUCCGCGGUGAUGGUGAUGCUAGUCAUUUCGAUAGAUAUCCUGAAAGUAAUGAACAGUACGGCUUGCCUGCUGAGGAUCCGUACAGAGAGAAAUUUCUUGAUUUCUAA